GAUCAUUCGGAAGACAGACUAUCCACCAAAUCUUUCGCUCGCCUGAAUCACGUCAAUCGCCAUCCUCGGAGACGCAAUCGCUCAAGACUGAAUUUUCUCGCUUCCAGGAUCGAAAGGAUCGCAUUCGUGUUCACAGGCAGUCUGAACCUUGGAACGCCCAUCAUGUCCGUGAAAUACGCCAUCACCGACCUUGUUUCUCUCCCAAACUCAAACGUCAAAAUCCCUCGACUCGGGUUUGGUGUCUACCGUGCUCACGAUGAUAAAUGCCUCAAAGCCGCCCAGACUGCCCUGAAGGUCGGCUACCGUCACAUCGACACUGCGCAAUUCUACCAGAAUGAACGCGAGGUAGGCGAGGCUCUACGCCAAUCGGGUCUGCCGCGCAGCGAAGUCUUUAUCACAACCAAAAUUAUGAGUCCUGGCGGUUCGCCUGAGGCGACGUAUGAGAAGAUCUUGGAAAGCGUAGAAAAGAUCGGGGGCAAAGAUGGAUACGUCGAUUUGUUCCUGAUCCACAGCAGCAGCUCUGGCGCGGCUGGCCGCAAGGAGUUAUGGCAAGCGCUGGAGAGACUGCUGGAGGAAGGGAAAACUAGGAGUAUUGGAGUGAGCAACUAUGGAGUGAAGCACAUUGAGGAGAUGAAGGCCUACGCUAAGGUCUGGCCACCCCAUGUGAACCAGCUCGAGCUUCAUCCGUGGUCCCAGCAACGCGUUAUCGUGGACUACUGCAAGAAGCAUGGGAUUGUCGUCGAGGCUUAUUCACCGCUGGUGCGGAAUUACAAGGCCAACGACCCAACGUUAGUAGGACUAGCGCAAAAAUACGGCAAAACGACAGCGCAGAUCUUGGUCCGCUAUUCCAUACAGAAGGAAUGGGUUCCCCUUCCGAAGAGCGAGGACCCUGCACGCAUCGCCGCCAAUGCUGAUGUCUUUGAUUUCGAGAUCAGUGCAGACGAUAUGGCCGUGCUAGACGGACUGGACCAGGGAAGCGCCGGUGCGAUCGUGGAAGCCGUCGCCAAUGAAUGAUUGGCUUAUACGGGCACCGUAGACGUGAUAAUCGUUUAGCUGGGUCAAUGUUUUAAUACCACUUACUUCUUUCUAUACGGCGCAAGGAACAUUGGUUGUCUUGU